AUGAAAGGGGAACAAAAAGAAGCAAGGGAGUGUUAUAACACCUCCCUCCACACGUCUGUAAAGCCACAAGAACCGAUUGCAAUGGUAAUACAUGGAGGCACAAACCCGCAGGAACUAGACCCCCGAAUCACAGAGGAGAUAGGGUUCGAACCUGUGGAGGAGUUAGAAGAAAUCGUUGUAAUGGAAGAACCAUUGCGAAAGUUGAAGAUGGGAAAAAACCUUCAAGAUGACACAAAGGAGAUAUUGGUGAGGUUUCUAAAGGAUAAUCUCAAUGUAUUCGCUUUGAGUCACGAAGACAUGGUGGGGAUAGAUCCUUCCAUUAUGUGCCACCAUUUAAAUAUCAACCCCGAGGCAAGGCCAGUUAGGCAGAAGAGACGAGCGCUCGAUCCGGAAAGAUAUGCAGCCUUGAAGGAGGAGGUCUUGGACAAACCUGAAACCUCAGGAAGACUGGUGAAAUGGUCGAUUAAGUUAAGUCAAUUUGACAUCACAUAUACCCAAAGGAACUCCAUCAAUGGGCAAGUGCUCAUAGACUUCAUAGUGGAAUUCACCUAUCGGCCAAAUGAAGAAGGAGAUAUAGGAAAGACUAAAUCGAUUGGUAAGGAAGAGGAAAGAAAGUUUGAGGAAUGGACCCUCCACGUGAAUGGAGCAUUCAACGAAGGGGGAGUUGGAGAAGGUAUCAUGAUGACUGGCCCCGGAGGACACAAGAUGUAUUGUUCGAUAAGGUUUGGAUUUGAAGCCUCGAACAAUAAGGUGGAGUAUGAAGCGCUUCUAGCCAGAUUGGAAUUGGCCAAGGGGCUAAAGGUAACACAUUUACACAUUUUUAGCGACUCACAGUUGGUGGUAUUCCAGGUGAAGGGAGAGUAUCAGGCGAGGGGUCCUAAGAUGGUCUCAUACCUCACAAGGGUAAAAGGCUAUUUAGAGCAAUUGGAGGGGUAUAGUAUAGAGAAAAUCCCAAGAGAGAGGAAUACCCAGGUCGAUGCCCUCGUAAAGCUAGCCUCCACAAAGGAUGGAGAUACACUUGAGUUUGUACCUGUGGAGUACUUAUCCAAACCAAGCAUCAUUGAAGCAAAGGUUUACAUGAUCAAUACCCCCAAAGAAUCAUGGGUCGACCCAAUUAUGAAAUACCUGAAGGAUAGAACUCUACCGAAAAACAAGAGAGACGCUCGAAGGCUGGCAUAUAAAGCCACCCGGUACACCCUAGUAGACGGAGUCUUGUACAAGAGAGGAUUUUCUGUGCCGCUCAUGUGGUGUGUUGAUGAAGAAGAAGCAAUGAAAGUUCUGUAUGAAAAACACGAGGGUGAACGCGGCAACCAUGCGAGUUGGCCAUCUACAACCAGGAAAGCCACGAGACAAGGGUACUACUGGCCCUCUAUGGAGAAUGAUGCUAGUGACUUCUUAAAAAAGUGUGACAAAUUUAAGAGACACACAAACUACUCCCGGAAGCCCCCAAAUGAGCUAACCAGCCUGACCAACCCUUGGUCUUUUCCUAUUUGGGGAAUAGACCUGAUCGGCGCCCUUCCCAUAGGAAGAGGAGGAGCCAAGUACCCAGUUAUAGUGAUAAAUUACUUCACCGAGUGGGUUGAAGCAGAACCUCUAAUAAAUAUAACAACCAAGCAGAUCGCAACCUUUUUCAACAAGUCCAUUGUCUGCAGGCAUGGAGUGCCUUACAAAAUCAUUUCUGACAACAGCACCUAG